AUGGAGUCCACGGCGGACAACUCUUCCAACGCCAUGAGGGAAUUCGGGCUGCCAGCAGACGACGGCCUCACCACUCUAUAUGCCCUCACCGAAACCAACGCCACUGAACGCCUAUGCGCCAUGACCAAGGAUGCCAUCAUCGUUGUCGCGGAAAUGGCCGCCAAGGAGUGCCAAGAGUCUACGUUUGAUUUGGCUAUGGUCAGUGACAAUGUCACGCUCAUGUACGCCAUCGACCACCUGGCGCGAUCCUUGGACCCUCAGUGGGGAGCAGGCGACGGCACAGCCCCAGACCCCAAGACGAUACAAUAG